GUCAAUAGUUAUAUUUUAUAAAAUAUUCAAAUAUAGAUAAAGUCAUAUUCUAUACUAUCUAGCUUGAAUAUUCUAAUAUAUUUUAGAAUAUAUUAUGAGUAGUUCUUUAUUUUGUUUAAUAAAUAAUUAAUUAUAUAAAUUACAAUAUCUUCAUUAAGUACAUGCAUAUAUUGAAAUACAGUAUUUGUAAACGAGAAUGGCAUUCUAUGAUGUUGGUAACACUUUUGAAUAAUGUUUAACACCUAAUACCUAACGCGACGCGCUAGAAAGUACAGUAAUAAAUAAUGUUAUUUGUGUAAUUUGUAGGAGAAAAUGCAAGUGUAUAAUAAAAGAAGUCGUAGUUUUUUCAAAAGUUGAAUAUUUUGAGAUUUAUUUAUAGAUUUGGUGAAGCACGAUGAGAUAUUCUUGUACUUUAAUAUUUUGGUUAUAUUAACAUUAGUUAUUUAAGAAUUUUUAUUUUUAUUAAUUGUAUGCCGAAAAAUGAUUCCUGCAAUAAAUUUGUAAAUAUAAUUACGUUUUAAAAAAUAUGAAGUUCUAGUUAUUGGAAUAUAAGUAGUAAUAUAUAUAUGAAAUAAUACAAAUUAGCUUUUUAUAAAAUUUAUAAAAAUGAGCUUGGAAGAUGAAUGUAAUAUAGCUGCAAGGUAUCGAACUGUCCGCAAGCAUUUAGACAGCUUAGGAUACAAACAAGCACUUACAUUAGACUCACUUCCUUUGAUAGAGAAGUUGUUAGCUGAUUUGAUACAAACAACAGAAAGCUUAAAGCAUUUUAAAAGUAUUGCUCAAGAAAACAUUGAGGCACACGUUCAGUUACAAUCAACAAUUGAUCCUUAUAAAUGUGAUAAUGCAAGGCUGGUACAAGAAUGUAACCAGCUUCACUUAGAUUUGAUAAAAGAAAAGGAAUGUCAUCAAAAGCAAAUUAAAGAUCUCAAGAAGGAAGUAUAUAAAUUAGAACGUGAAUGUAAUGAUCUUCAAUUGGCAUCUUCUAGGAAUUUACAUAGAAUUAAGGAGCUUGAAGUUGAAUCUGCUAAAAAGUCAAAAAGAAUUUUGGAACUCCAAGGAAAAUGUUUAAAACCAACUGUCAGUAAUGUUGGACUAGCUUCUAAGAAACGUCCUAUUUUUCCACUUCGAAGACCCGUUAUAGAAAGUGAACCAUUACCAAAAAUAGGAACUAAAUCCAUUCCAUUACCAAACUUAAGUGUAGUGGAACCAAAAAUUGUUGAUUUGUUAAGCAUGGCUGAUCAUAAGAUGAAUUGUUUGAGUUAUGAGGUAACAAAAUUAAAGGGAGAACUCUCUUUACAAACUGACAAUGUACAAACAUUAAAAAGUCAGCUGACUACUAAGGAAAAAGAAAUUUUGCGAUUAAAGAAGAUGUUAGAAGGAGGUAGACCAUAUUUGGCUGUUUCUAAAGAUUGUGCUUGUAAAAAAGCAGACUGCAGUUAUGUUACAUCUAAUUUCGAUAGUAAUGAAUUAAAAGUUCUUCAACAAGAAAAAUUAGAAUUAGAGCAACAAUUAAAAGAAGCUUUAAAUAAACAGCAUGAUGCAAUGUCUCAAGCACUGAAACUUGCCGAUCGCAAUGAGGAAUUAGAAAAGGAAUUAAGAGAUAUAGAUCACAUUGCAUUAGCUGUAGAAGCUGAUUGUAAUUCUGCAGUUAAAGAAAACAAUAGAAGAGUUUCUAAAUUGCAGGAAAAAUUAGAGAAUGUAAUGGCACGAGUACAUGUAUUAGAAGGUGAAUUAACUAUUGAGCGUAGAGAAGUUCAAGAAUUAAGAGCAGAUUUAGAAACUUGUAAAUUAGAGAAACGUAAUAUUGAACGUACUUUGGAAUCUACAUUAGAUGAGAAAAAGCAGAUGACUGAUAGAAUAAAUGAAUUAACAAUAAUUGAAAAAAAUUUAAAUGAUGAAAUUGAAAGAUUGAUUAAGGAAAAUGAAAAACAAAGACAAGAUAUUAUUCAAUUACAAUAUAAUAAUAAAUUAUUAAAAGAAGAAAUGAAUAGAAAAAUGUUAGAUGAUAAUGGAACAAAAGGUGCUAAAGAAAAAAGACGGCAGAAUAGUUAUGAUAAAGUUACAACAAGCUAUUGAACAAUUAAGGAGAGAGCGAAAUUUCUACAAAAAUGAAUAUACAAAUAUUAUGGAUAACUAUAAUAAAGUGAUCGAAAAAGACCACGUUGAUCUAUGGUCACGAAUUCGAGAAUUAAAAUGUCAAUUAAAUGAAAAAGAAAAUGCACUAGAUGAAUUACAGCGAGAAAAGAAGGAAUUAUAUCGUGAAAAAACUAAUUUAGAAACACGUUUACAAACUUAUAAAACUGAACAUAAAAUACCUUGUCGACCUUGCAAUCUAUGCAAACGUGGUGUUGCAUGUAAUUGUUCUCCUCCAGUUACGAAAGAUCUAGGCAAAAUGAAGAUAGCAGCGGAAGCACAUACAUCUGAACAACGUCGUUUAAGAGAAAAUUUGACCGAUGUUGAAACACGAUUAAAACAAAUAGAAAAGGAACGGCAAGAACUUUUACAUAAACAAGGAGCACGAAGAGCUACCAUAAAUGGACUUGAAGAUCAAUUACAAGAUUUGCAAGAAGAAUUAAGACGAACUAAACAAGAAUUAGGAACUCAACGGACACAAUAUUUUCAACUUCGAGCUCUACAAGAUCAAACUGAUCAGGCUUUGACAGAUGCUCAGAAUCAAUUAACACACUCAGAAUCAGAAUUAAAUAAAGCAUUGGAUCAUAAUCGGACGGUGGAGCGGCAGCAGUUACAGCUUGAAAAUCAAAUAGAAGAAUUACAACAAGAAAUUACUAAUCUUAAAGCAAAUAUGACGCAUCUGGAUCAUGAAAAGGAUCAAUUAUUGAUGGUAUUGGACGAGAAGACAGAAAGAAUAGCUACUCUAGAAAAAGAAAUUAUAAUGAAAGAACAACAACUAAUAGGAAGGGAGCAACAGAUUCGUGACCUACAACACAAAAAUGAGUAAGUAAUAUAUAAGUAAUUUUAUAAGUAUAUAUUUAUAAAAUUAAUACAUUCUAGAAAGUUAGUUUUUCAAAAACCUAAUUAUUACAUUAUAUAGCACUAUAAAUUGUAUAUAUUUACAAAACAUUGGCAGUGAAAGUGAUGUUUAAAUAUUAAAUUUGAUAAAAAUAUUUUCAUAUAUAUUUAUAAUAUAUUUAUAAUAGAGAAAUAUUAAAUAGUUGA